UCUUGGUUCCGAAUCUCCGUCGUUUCUUUCUCCCUUUCCCCCUCCCUGUCUUUCAUUCACAGAAACUCAGCCAAAAAACCCUAGCACUGUAAGCCUUCACCACCGCCGCAAGGAGUGGCAUACUGCCGCCGUCCGGCCGUCUAUCUAGCUUCCCUCGUGCUCCAAGUCUUCAACCCCUGUUCGCUGUCACCGAUCGCAGUUGCUUCCUCGAGCUCGGCGUCCGUCGUCUUUGUCUGUUCAGCCGCGCUUCCGCCGCCGUUUGUUUGCCGUUCACGUUCGCGUCUUCGUUCGCGUUCUUCGCUGUUCAAGUUUGCUCGGCGUUCACCGUUCGCGUUCACUCGCCGAUCACCGUUCGGGUUCGCAUUCGCGUUCGUCUGGAAGCCACGUUGCUCUGCUUCAAACUCUGCGACCAACCCGCGCGCUCAACCUAGCCGUCGAACUGCUCUCUUUUGUAGCCGCCGAAAUUCUUUGAGGUGUAUAAGAAUUAAGAAGGAAGACUAUUUCAACGGUAUUACUCUGUUGAUUCUGGUUUGCUACAAGCUUGAACAUAGAAUUGAAGAGAGAAACCCUUUAUUAUUUCAUCAUUGGCCUAUUUUUGGCAUUACAUAUCAUUGUAGUUUGUUUAUUCAUAGAACUAGUUGUUUAUGAUCCCCUUUUGAAGUUAAAAAAUGCAGUAGAACAGUGUUUAGAUCCAGUUGCUUUAUUCAUUGAAUUUUUUAUAGAAUCAGGUGUUUAUUAUAAAACGGUUUUUCUGGUUGAACCAAUGAACCAAUGAACCCGGUUUUCAGAACCUUGCUUGCUCCACACAAGACACAACGGCGCAGCACUCCCUCUCCCUCCCUCACCCUUGAGCUCGUCCUUCCCCUCACCAACGGCGAGCUAUCUCCGUCACUUCCGUCCAACUGCUGGACUGCUCCCGCCGCCGUCGUAGGAUGGAGCCUCGAAGAUUACAGUUGCCAUCGUGCAGCUCUCCACCAUCGUCGCCGGACUCGCCUCCUGUCUCCGUCGCGCACCUCUGUUCCACCGUCGCCGGCGUCAGCUCGGUUGCACCUGUCAGUUCUGUCACUGAUUCCCCCACUGUUUUAUACUUUUAUGCUUCUAGCUUCAAGGUUGCAGUGAAGCACAGUCGCCAGGAUCGCCUCCUGCCUCCGUCGCGAACUCUGUUCCACCGUCGCCGACGCCAUCUCUGUUCCACCGGCCAGCGCUACUCCCUUGGAUCUGCUCUGCUCUGUUCUAUUCUAUACUUCUAACUUCUAGGUAUUAUUUUAUAACAAUAAUUGUUGAAUAAUCUGUGACAGUUGAAUAAUUAUUAAUUAAUCUGUGAAUAAUUGCUGCUGUUACUGCCUGAUUACUUAAGCCACUUGGGCAAAUCUAUUAGUUUAUGCUA